UUCAAUUCCAAUAUCUAUGAUUAUUUGCCUGGAUUCCUUAUGUAAAUAUAUUUAUUUUGUUAUGUUUUAUCCAUAUUGUACUUUGUCAAGUUCAUCAUAGGAAAUUUCACUCUCUUCCUUAUCGCAGUGGCUGUUGCUACUAACUCUUUUGUUAGAAAUUCCAAUUAUAGAAAUCACAUAUCGUCUUCACUAUUAUAUCGCAACUACGGUGGUACAAAUUCGGCGUUUUCUGAAAGAAACAGCCCUCCUGAAGAGGAGGAUUUUAUAAGGGGAGAGAAUCCAGAGGAAUCUUCACACCCUGGAUUCUCAAAAUUAUUCGCCCAUAGAUACAAAUAUGUCCAAGUAACUCUAGAGAAGGAUACGCCUAACGUGGGUAAAAAAGGUGAAGUGGUCCAUGUAAAUCGCAGUUUCGCUUUUAAUUAUCUGGUUCCAUUUGGAUUCGCAAGAUACACAACGAGAUCUGAACUAGUGGGAAUAGCACUUGACCGUGACUACAAAGAGGCUCUAGCGAAUAUUAGGAGAACCUCGGCACUCCAACUCAAGGAUAAAAUAGGAAGGAAUCUCGUACUUGAAUUCCAGAUCCCUUCAUCGAGUAAGAAUCCAGAUGAACUUAACGCGCCCUUGAGACCAAUACAUAUAAUACAUAGACUGAGAUCUAUUAAAAUUCUUGGCCCACUUGACAUGUUGAGGGAACAGGACGUAAAAAUACACACAGAAUCGGGUCUGAUUACUAAAUUUGGAGUGUUUAAGGUAACGUUAUUUCUGGAUACGGACAUUACAUCAUCAAUUAAAGUUUCAGUAACAGAUAUUCCAAUUUCCUCAGUCGUUUUCAACAAAACGAAAUGAAUAAAUUGCAUCAUAGUUGUGUCCGUUAUUUAGGUAUACGUUUUCUACACCACUCCUCAACUCAUAGCCGAUUUUACACUAAUAGAUUUUACGUAAAGAAAUGUGGAAAUUGCAAGUCUCUCAAUAGUCUAUCCUCCAUAAGCUGCAUCAGUUGCUCAAAUGGUCUAACUGACAGUGAUAUAAGGCUUAGGAACCUUGACCAUGUAUGUGAAGUUAGCAACUCUCGGAAGUGGCAAAGCCGACAGGAUUCUACUCUGUAUAGGUGCUUUGACUUUACUGUAAUGAUUAACAGAAGUCCAUGUUCAUUCAUACACCUUUCUGCUUUCCCAAAUGGUACCUUUUACGACAUAAAGAACUUCAGAAAGUCACACGUACCACUCUUAAAUAAAAUGAACGAGAAGUGUAUUGGGAUUUUCAGGGACAUCAUAACAGGUAAAAUCGUUCAUUUAGUACCAAAUACCAAGUUUUCUGACCAUUUUAAGUCUCAGAUGUCUAACAAAUCUGAUACUGAUUUUGUUCUCAAGAGUGCAAUUUUCGGCUUCAAUUACCCUAACACUAACUCACACGUUGAUAUGCACGCAAUUCUACCGCCAAUUGAGUCCUUUAACAUUUUCAAAUCACCGUUUUACUACCCUCUAGAUAAGGUUAUUUCAGACCUCAGGAUCUUCGGACAUGUCAGGCAAUACUCCCCAGCUCAGAUUAGGAAAAUGAACGAGUCUGAUGAUAUAGUUCAGCAAAUAGUGAAGAUCGAUGAGGACGUUAGGUCGAAAUUCACUUUAUAAUCUUGUACAAUAAAUCUUUAUUACAUAGGCACAAGUACAUAUGGAUAGAAAUGUAAAUAGCCAUAGAUGUGCACUAAAUUAAAAACUGAAGUUGAGUCUAAGUCCCUUAGAUUUAUACAU